AUGUGCAAAGAAGAGGAUCCGAGCUCAGAGAGUGAAACAAGCAUACUGACAUCAGACAAUUUAUUCAGUGAUGCUUCCAUCAAUAAGGAGAUCUUGGAGUUGAAAAUGCAUUGUGCUAACCAAGGGUGCUCCUGGAGGAGUAUUCUCAAGGACUUUGAGGAGCACCAGGAGCAGUGUGAGUAUGCCCUGAUCCCCUGCAACAUUGGCUGUGGUCACAUGGUACUGCAAAAGGCCUUGGCCUGUCACCUGGAGAAGGCCUGUCCAAACAACAUGUCAGUGUUCCCCACAUGCUGCCGCACUAUGUGCCCCUCAGAGCUACAUGGAAGACAGGGGACCGUAGAGAAGGUGAGAGGCCAUGAGACCAGCAGCCAGGUCAGCCACCUUCAGCUCCUGCUGCGUGCCGCCACCACCAACAGCAGUGACCUGCAGUUCGCCCCACAGGUAGCCCAGUUCUCCUUGUCUGGUGUAGCAGCUAUGGUUGAGGAGCUGCCCCAGCUCAGAGAGGCUUUAUCUGACUUGAAAAUCCACUAG